GGUGAAUCACUCCUGUAAGUCUCCAUUAUCAUCUAAGAGCGGCCAGAGAUGAAAUGCAUGCUUUUAUCAGGAGAGCGAAGACUGAAACUCAGAUAAGAGAAUGUCUUCAAACCGGUUUUUCCAGGCUUUUGACGCUCAGAAAUGUCAGUACAUUACCAGGUUAUUAGUUGUGGAACCAAAAAAUCAUUGUACAGCCACAGAAGCCCUCAAUCACCCGUUCUUCCAGCAGUACGUGGUUGCAGAGGCACAUCAUUUCAGCCAUCACAGGAAGUUCAAGGUUAUUUGUAUGGCCAUACUUGCCACCAUGUGUAUCUACUGCAGCUAUCGUCAUGCAAAACCUGUCACAGAGGAAGUGAUCGGCAGUGACCCAUAUGCCAUCAAACCUCUACGCAAGAUGAUCGACGCAUGUGCCUUCAAGAUCUACAGCCCUUGGCUGAAGGAAGGGCAAACUCAGAACAGAGCAACUUUAUUUGAGAACACUCAAAGUCAUUCUGCUCUCCAUUGAGGAGAUGGAUGUGUCACUUAAAUUUUAUAUCUAAAUGAUUUUAAUGACCACAAAGAAAGUAAAAAAAAAUUAAGAUAGGUUGUUUUGAUUUUAAUUUCACAGUAUUUUGUGUAAAAAAGCUAAACAAACAAAAAAACAGAUAUAACACUGAAAUUCAGAAGUUUGUGUCUCCACAGGAGAAAUGUAGAAUCCCUCCAAUAAUGCACCACUGACAUCAGCUAGUCUUGAACAUUCGGCUCUUACAGCUCAGUUCUUUUCUGUUUUGCAUUUGAGCUCAUAGCACAGCGGAAGCCCAGGUUAUCAGAGGCCGAAUCUGGUGUGUUUCCCAUCCUGCAUGUGAGAACACAAAAACACAAGUUCUUAUUUAUCAUGUUCUCAUAAACUGUUUUGGACAAUAGCUUUUGGAUAAUCCAGACAAGUUUGGGGUCAGCUGCCUGGAAAUGUUACAAGAGGCCACUGUCUAAUGAAUAAUAAAAGCCUUAUAAAAGUU